GCAGUACAAUCAAAACUCAUCUCCAAUGCGUAGGGGUACUGGAACGCGUGCUGCUGGGGUGAGGUCGAUCCCAUCCGCAAUGGCGGCGACGGCGCUACUAGCCAAGGAGGCAGGACUGGGUGGCACAGGCGUGUCUUCAAGCGAGAAAACAUCGUGUAGUGGAACCGCUGAGGUGGACAAGAAGGGCGGCGUAACAUCAGCCGUUUCGAAGAGCAACAGAACCUCUACGGACUCUGAACCCAGUACUGGCGACGAUGCCUCAUCGGAUGAGAAUAAGAGCGACAAGUCAACAGGAUCAGACUCGGAAGGUCCGGGAAGAAAGGCGGGAUCAGGUGAAGACACUGGAGAUCGAGAUGACGACUGUCUUGAGCUUGACGACGCCGAAGCCGAAGCAGCAGUGACGGAAUUCCCCUUGUUGCUGAAGCAAAUAAAAGCGUUGCUGGAUGAUGCAGACAUCGUAGAGUUUGACGACGAUAGUGACGGAAAGCUGUUUGCGGACGACGACGACGAGGAGGAGGAGGAUAUCAAGGAGAGUAGUAACCGAAAGGGAAAUACAGAUGGUGAUGCAGAUGCAGAAGAUGGCAAAAAGCAGCAGGGUGCAGAAGUCGGCGAGGCGGUACUGAGUGAGCAGAGCCGCUCCUCUGAAGGGAGCACUGGCACACCUGGUGUGCGCGCGCCUAGUACGAUGACUGCGCAGGGUAGUGGAACAUCUUCAUCGCGGAUACGCGCAGGUGCUUUCGACGGCGAAGGUGAGGAAUCGUCCGACGUUUCAUCCUGUUCGGAAACAUCCUCCUGUUCCGAGACGUCGGAAGACGAUGAUGCUGAUCGGUACUACGUGAGGUUAGACGAGCUUCAACAGGGUUUGACGGCAACGCCACUGCGACAGCAGGAUGAUAAUGGAGAGAAGCAGAAUGGUGGUGCCAACGCAAGCGCCGCAACCUCCUCGUCUUCGCCAGAUAAAAAGGAGGCAGGAGGAGCGGCGAAGCGUGACGACGAUCAUCAAGUUGAUGCGGCUCCAAGCAGCAUUCGUGCUGAUGAGGCACCCGAGGACACCUCCGAAGAAGGUAGUCGAUGUGCAGCAAGUGAUGCUGCUGCAUCGACAGAAAGGGGGCCAGAGGCAGAUGCUUCAGCAGAAGUACUAAGCGGUCAUCAAGAAGGGAAUGAUGAUGCUAGGUUGUCCCAACACGGGGGAAGCAGUGCUGAGUUCGAUGAGAAGCAAACUGCAUUUUCAGAGCAACGUGCCAAAACCGCAGCGAGCGCCACAGGUCCCUCUGCAUCAGAUACGACGGUCAGCAGCAACGACGGCUAUACCGCUUCCAUUCCUGAACGUGUAUCAUCGUUUGAGAAUGUGGCAGAAGCCGAGUCGGAGUCACCUACUGAAGAAGUUGCAGGCAACGCAGAAAAUAAGCGAAGGGCGCUUUCUCGUACUGCCGACGCAGACGAAAAGACUGAAGCGUCAGCGAAGUGUGAAGAAACCGAAGAAACUGAUGUAGCAGCCUCUGAGGCCUCGAAGGACGGGAAUGACAGCUGUGUCACAAAGCUAGACGUAGCAGUGAGCAAGAUCGACGCAGAUGCGGCACAGCCACCUUACACCGCAAGUGCUGGCACGACGAAAGCUGAAAUACCACACGCUUCGUGGAGCGAGUUGCCGCAGGCGACGACCGUCACAGAUUCUGAAGCAGGCGAGUCCUUACUGUCUCUAUCGUCGUUCAUGCAGGACAUCCCCCUGGACGAAGAAGACGAUAUGGCAAGGCCGCUGGCGACGAAAGAAGAGGAAAAUCAUGCCAAUGGCACACCUACAGAUGAUGAAGUGAAGCUUCAGGGAGCGAGUCACUCGCCCUGUUCGACCCCACAAUCGCCUUUACAGUGCUUUAUCGUCGAGGAUCACUUUCAGAUGAAGUUAUCACCUCCUCUGGGAGAAGGCAGUCCAGUCGUCGUGGAGGAGACCGAGAUAGGGAGCGGCAAACGUGAAGAAGAAGACGCUGUCGCGAAUGGGGAUGGAGAAAACGAAGUAAGGCUUGCGCAGGGUGAAGGAGAACUUGAUGGAGGAGACAGCAAGACUUCUGUGAAUAACGACGCGAGCAAUUGUGACGCCGAAGCUCGAGAGACGAGGGAAGCUGACAAGGAAGAUGAAUACAUCAAAAGCAGUAGAUCCGAGGGCGAUGUUGGGAAGAGCGUUAGCUUCACUAUCGACGCGGUAGAAGGUGCCUUGCCCGCAAUACAGGGGGGAGCCGCGGCGCUAGAUAGCGAGGCGGAUGAAGAGACAACUCCUACAGAGAGAAAAUUCGAGGCAAUGUUUGCUCCCUCAUCAAGGUCUGAGAUGAAGGAAGUCCCUGGCGCCGAAGCGGAUUCUUCGAGCAGCCACGCAAUAGCCCCGAUGAAUCCAGCUUCACCCGGCAGUGGAGGUGCACUAGAAGAAACUGAAGAGGCUGUGAAAAUAGUGGAGGAGACCAAGAAGACCACGUCGCCUGGUGAAGCUUUCGCCAUUUCUCAGUCAUCUACUGCUUGCCAUGGCCCAUCAUCAUGUUCGCCGGCAUCGUCAGCAUCUCCUUCCACAGCGUCCGCUGGGUCACCUCCUCGCCCACCUUCAACGACACUUGACAUAGACGAAGGAGGUAAGUGUCGCAUCUCGAUUCCCGCAGCAACAAAGAGCGGCGAGCUUCCGCCAGUGCCUUCCAGUAGUAGAAAGAGUCAUCCUGGGCCUGGGCCGCCAUUGCCAGAGUUUCCACCGAAGUUCGGAUCUCGGAAGAAGAAAAAGAAGAAGAGGAGCAAAGGAAGCAAGGAGAGCAGCAAAGAUGAGAAAAAUGGCGACUCAAAGUACUUCUUUUGAGGUGUGGGGUUUGUCUCUGUGGAAAAAAGUGCACUUGACUUCCACAAGGACGGUGGAGCGCACACAAUCCUAGUAGAUAACAGCCCGUAGCGUUAUUUGACUGUCGUGAGUACUUCGCGUAUGAGUUGUUCCUUGACAGAGUGAUGCCAUGCGUAGCAAAAGCAGG